AUGGGCAUAUGGAAUGUACAGGAUGGGCAAGCUUCUUGGUUGGUACAGAAGAUUUUAAAGGCUGUAAAACACUUGCAAGAGGCUGGCUUUACUGAAGCAGACAUGGAAAGUAUGGAAAAAUACAAUGUGAGCAGAGUGUAUAUGCAGAUUAGAGGCAGAAUGGAAAAAGUCGGAUGGAGAUCACUAGUGUGGAAAAAUGUUAGAGCUCCGAAGUGGUUAUUCAUUUUAUAUCUUGCGGUGAUGGGAAGGCUUGCUACAAAAGAUAGAUUGGCUAAGUGGGGAAUAGUUCAGAUCCAAACAUGCCAUUUAUGUCAACAAGAGAAUGAAGAUCAUGAUCAUCUAUUUUUCAAAUGUAGCUAUGCUGCAGAGGUGUGGACUAGUAUAUUGAAGUGGAAAGGGAUAAAUAAAAACACCAAGAACUGGAUGGAAGAGAUACAAUGGGCUAGCAAAUGUAUGAAGGGACAAAAUGGUACAACUAUGGUGUACAGGAUGGCACUAGAAAAUACAGUCUAUUGCAUAUGGUUGGAACGUAAUGCCAGGAUAUUUCAACUAAAGAAGACAACAUCAAGCAUACUGGUGAAGCACAUCAUCCAGGAAAUACAUGGGAGAGGAAGUAGAUAUGCCAAGGUAGCCACUAGAUUAGAUGAUUUGAACAAUUAUCCAUAA